UUGGAAAACGGACAGGUCUACUGGUUCAUCGCCAUCGCCGGUCGUAACCUGGACGGGCAGCAGGAGUGGUCGCUGUGGAGCAACUGGGCCCGUGCUCAGCCGUCCGGCGCUCUCUCCACCGAAAAGGCAGCACUGGUCGCACUUUACAUCGCCACCGCCGGAAGCAACUGGAUCAUCAGCGCGAACUGGCUCAGCGAUGCGCCCAUCGGCCAAUGGUACGGUGUUACCAGUGACGACCACGGACGUGUGGUGAGGUUGGCACUCGCCGGGAAUGGCCUGAUCGGCGAAAUACCACCAGAGCUGGUCAGCCUGACCAACGUUACAAGUCUUGACCUGGGGCGGAACGGAUUGACCGGGAACAUUCCGGCGGGUCUGAGCACCCUGGCCAACCUGAGCAUUCUCGACCUCAGCGACAAUCAGUUGACCGGUGAAAUACCGGAAGCACUGGCGUCGCUGAACAGCCUGACCAGCCUCAAACUAAGUCGCAACUUUUUCACCGGCUGCGUACCAUCCCGCCUGCGCAGCAUCGCGGACAACGACCUGAGCGAACUGGGUUUGCCCGUCUGCGACGCCACAACGCUUCCAGGCGCCGAAACGAUUGAUUUCGGGACUCUCGAAAACGCUCGAUAUCUGGAACGUCAAAUGCCGCGGGCGGCAGCUGCGAUAAAGGCUCUGCCCUGGGUUUCGGACGGCAUAGCCGCGUCCGAAAAGGCGGCGGUACAGCGAUUGCUGUACGUCGCGCCUUUCUAUCCGGAGGUUUUCAAUAUAUUGAUCCAGUGGCCGUGGCUUCGGGAUGGAGUCAAUGACGUUGAACUGUCUGCCAUCAAUGGCAUCCACGCCAUUGCCUAUUACAACGAAGGGAUUGCGGUGCAAUUCGUCCAGCUGCCCUGGCUUGCAGACGGCGUCUCACCCAUGGAGGGUUCCGCCGUCCGUCAUAUCAGCAUCAUUGCCCAAAUCGACCCAACAGCGGCCGGACGCAUCAUCAAGAUGCCGUUUCUCGCAACCAUAGAUCCCCCUGACGUGACGGCGUUGCUAUCUCUUACUCGCCUCGCCCACGUUGCGCCACAACGUUUCCAGUACGUCAUGUCCCAUCCGGCUCUGAGCGCCGGGAUAACCGACGAUCUGGCCAGGAUCGUGGCGUUGCUGCAUGGCGUGAACGAAACCAAUCCUUCCCUGAUCGAGACGCUCCUUGACCCUGACCGCGUCACCGUUGAAGAACGCCCUGUUCACCUGCCCCUGUCCGGUCGUGUUGACCUGGCCAUCAUCCGAACCAGGGCGGGCGCUGAGCUCAGUAUGGACUUGCUGGAGCACAGCGUCCAAAGCGCCGAGGCAUUAAUCGGUGAGCCCCUGCCCACGAACUAUGUGGCGCUGCUCUUCGAGAACGCAAAGUUGCGGUGGAGCGCUGAUGCGUUGGCUACGCUACUGGCCGAGUGUCGUUACCGGCAAGGACGGUUCCUGGGAAGCCUGGCCGAUCUGGGGUUUCCCGCAUUGGAGAUCCCGGCUCUGCAGACGCUGGUUGAUGAGGUGGUGAAGACCAGCGAAAUCGAGGGAGAGAUCCUUGACGCGGCCGAGGUGCGCUCGUCGUUGGCCAGCCGCCUUGGCGCACCUCAUGGCGGAGUUCCCGUGGUUGACCGUAGGGUCGACGGAGUGGUAGUCAUGAUGCUGGAUGCCACCGCAGGAUUCGCGGCGCCGCUCACCGACGAGAGACUCUUCGGCUGGCACGCAGGAUUGUUUCCCACGGGAUGGAGCGGCCAUUCCAGAAUCACAGUCGGGCAGUGGCGACCCGUCGGUUCGGGUCCCAUGCGAGUGGUGUCGGCGGGCCGUUUCGGCCGCGAGGUGGUCCAUUUCGAAGCUCCGGCGGCAGAGCGCCUACCGGAUGAGAUGACGGCGUUCUUGGAUUGGUUCAACGGGCCGUCGCCGGAUGAUCCGGUCAGUACGGGCUGGCCUGGCUCACCUCUGGUUCGUGACGAUCCACCCGUUUGA